AUGUCGUCCUUAUCGGAGGAUCGCGACGCGAAGCCUGCGCAAUUCACCACCAUUGAAAGCGGCUUUGCUCCAUGGUCUUCUAAGAAUGGCCCAGAUGAUCCCUACAAGGACUCCAGGAAACUUCUUACGUACAUUGAGUAUGAAUCUGCCACCGCGUCGAAAGCAGUGGAAAUUGAUCACAGCGUCAAGUUGAAGGAGCUUCUGCAGUCACUCUCCUACGACGCCUACAAGGAAACGCCUAUGAGGCUGUUCAUCGUCGAAGAUCUCUCCCAGCAAGUUAUCGAAUUACUUGGUGCAAGAUUCGACAUCGAUCCUAUGUUCUUCCGCGAGCAUAUCGAUGACUACGUAUGGCACAAUGUCCGCGAUCCUUGGGCACAACCACGGAGUCUCAUGGCCAACAUGAAGCAUCGCAAUUGGUUCCAGAUGCGCAAUAUGCGCCUCAGGUACUAUAAGACUGAGAAAGAAUUCCAAGACGCGGCGGCUGGUGCCAACCAGUGGAAUGUGCUGCGACGGCCAGAAGACGACAUUAACCAUUGGAAAUUUGCGGAUUCUGCAGACUCCGUCGUGGCGGUCAUGCGCACUCGAACGACCUUGUGGAUAGGGAAGGACAAACAGUGCAAGGACGGUACUGUAGGUAUUAUUCUCGUCGACCCAACGACAACCCAAGGACAACCGCUCUGGUACGAUCGUGCAAAUUGGCUUCUUACGCCAAACAUGAACGACCCGCCACCAUCACUAGCUAAGAUGUCAGAGUCGUGGUACCAAGACAUCAUCAACAUGACAAAGCAAUUUCCAUGGUUCGGACACCCCCAUAGCCGUGGAAUCAAUCCGCAGGUCCUCGCGAAGCCAGCAAUAUACACGAUAUGCGCGGAAUGGCUGGUGGUUUGCGACUACGUCAAAGCCCGUCUCAGUCAGAUCGAGCGCGAACUCGAGAUGCCGCGUCUCUUCCGCUCAAAGGGCGAUGCCAUCGACACGUCGCUCAAGCGCCUGCAUACAUGGCGACGGCAGAUUCCAGUGUUCAAAGAGAUGGUGACAGAGACAUUGGAACACGCACUACCAGCGGCAGCACGACUGGCAGCAUCACACUCGACGCAAUUCCCAGCUCCCACUUCUCCGCGCUCGGUCCAGACUAUAGUCACGGAUAACGCAGUCAUCAACUUCGACGACCUGACCGGGUACGAGGACAUUGUUCCUGACUUCCGCCGCGUCCUCGCCGCCGUCAACGUCCUACAAGAACGCGUCGAUCGCCUCACAGCCAUCGUCACAUCAGAAAUCUCCAUCGAGGACUCGCGCCGGGCCAUGAAGGAGAACCACAAUAUGGCGCGGUUGACCUGGCUAGCGACCGUUUUCAUUCCGCUGUCGUUCAUCAGUAGCUUCUACAGCAUGAAUGAAGACAUUUCGGCGCUGAAAACAACUUAUGGAUGGUUCUUCUUGACGGCGGUUCCGUUUACGCUGCUGAUCAUGGUGGCGGGCUGGAUGAUUGGGACGGAGAGCUGGACGCCUUGGAGGGAUAGUGAGCAUGUGGGUAUUUUUCACGGGAAGGAUGUGACGAAGAAGACGGAGCAGGAGAAGAAGGAGAAGACUACGAAAGAUGAUUGA